ACAAUACUCACUCGUCUUGAAGGCAAAUCGACACGAAAUCUCCAGUGUCUGGGUUGCCCAAGAAAAAGAUGAUCGCGUCUUCAUCAAAUGAUCUGAAUUACAGAGCGACGAUGUACUUUUCUCUGCCAUAUCUUUGGAUCUAAAGUGAGAAUCAAAAUUAUUAUCAUUACUUAUUAAUAGUCGACAUUGAUUCGCAUCUCAGUCGACUGAUCAUUUCCUGAUCUAUUGUAGCAUAAGAACUUUCACCUUUGAACUGCAAUGCUCCUGGACCAAUGAGUUCGGUCACACCUUCCAUGCAGCCUCGACAUCCUUGAGAAGUUAAGACGGGGGAAAGUUAAGAAGUGAAGAGGGAAAAAGAGAAAAGAAAACAUUGAGCCUCAGUUUGUUUUCUUCUCAUUUCAGUUGAGCUUCUCCAUUUUUGUACUUUUGUUUUCUUCUCUUUUUUAAUUGUUCGGUUUUAAUUAUUUUUUAUUAUUUUUUUACUGUUUUUAAAAUCAAAUGGAUAAGCAAAAUUUCGAGUUUAAAAGAAAUCUAACAUUUGAUGAGCGAAAAAAGCAAUCAAAAGGUAUGAGAAGACUUUAUUCUGACAAGACUCCAAUAAUUAUCGAGAAAUAUCGUUCUGAGAAACAAUUACCAAUAAUUGAUAGAAAUCGCUAUCUUGUACCCCAACACCUUCCAUGUUACAAGCUGGUGGAAAUAGUUCGCCGCCGACUCACCUUACAUCCAAAUCAGGCUCUUUUUCUUCUCGCUGGUGGUAAUUCAUUAGUCUCCAAUUCCACUUCUGUUGGCGAAGUCGCUGAACAAUUCAGAGACCCUGAUGGCUUCUUGUACAUUGUUUAUGCUUCACAAGAAACUUUUGGCUGAACAAUCUGACAACAGUGACGAAUGAAAGAAAAGACAAUCUUUCAAUCAUUUAAUCCCAAUUCCUGAGAUAUUGGGAUGAAAUGAUUCGAUAAUUACCCAAGUUCAAACACAAAAAUCUAUCCAUUAAGGAGCAACAAUUAAAGAUGAUACGAAUGGCAGUGCCAUUGUAAUCAGAGAUGAAAAACAAUUCCCAUUGUAAUAAUAAACAAUUGACUAAUAAACUAGAAUGUUGAAUAAUUAACAUUCUACAUUGUAAAUCAA